UUGAUCAAAUUUAGUUCUGUUUGAUGAUAAUUUGUUUAUUUGGCGAUCUUGCAUUUUUUGGACAAUAGCUGCUUUGUGAAUUUAAAGUAUCUGCAAUUUUUUCUGUGGCUAUUGUACGUGUACGUGUGUUUCGUGUAUUGGAAAAAGUUGCUCCACCAUUUUUGUAUCUCAGAAAUGUGUCCGCACUUUAUAUGCGAUGCUGAGCAUUUCUUUUGCAAGCAACUUUUUGCCGGCGUGUGUUGAACUGUUCAACGUUUCAGUUGUUACGGAUGUGCGGUACUUGCAACACGUAGGAUCGGUUUCGAUAUUGAAAAGUGGAUAAGAAGUGCUUUCAUCUUGGGCACGUCUUACGCAUUUGCGUUACUGUUUUUUGUCGGUAAUUUGCAGCUGUUGAUUUGGGAUUUCUGCUUCAAAGUGUGUCGAAAAAGAAAUUUACCGUCAUUGACAUGCGCAACUAAAUUGCAAUCGGCGGAAUUAACUGAUUUAAAAUGCAAUACAUAACGUACAAUUGCUGUAGAUACAAACACCAUAGAGCGGCAAAAGACGUUAACAAAAUGCUCGUCUGAAUUUACAACAAUAAUCGGAAUAACGUUAACAAAACGUUACAAGCAUACUCAAUACUAAAUACGACAUAAACAUCAUUAUUACCUUAACUAAACACGAAUGCAAUUAUCAUAAUAAUCAUUAUCUGCGACUUGGAUAUUGUUGCCCAAAAGUAUCUUCACUGCUUACCAAAAUCUCCAGGGUAAAACGAAAAUAUUUUCUAGUGGCGCUAAUUAAGCUCGUCCAAGUGCGGGCUUUCUAUGGCAAAAAAAAUUUGUUGCUUUCGGAAUAAAUUUCUUGAAAAUUGUUUAAGCCUUUUAAGGCACAAUCUGAAGUAGCCAAAAAAGAUUAAUUCACUUUUGAAAUGUUUUCAUAGUAAAAAUGUGAAAUUUUUCUUUUUUUCGGAAAGUGUGGACAGCAAUCUACAAGCGCUUCGCUGAACUUUAGCAACAUUUGACUUAACCCCAAGUGCAGUAGCGGUAUUGAUCUUCAUCAGUUUCGGAAAUAACCUCGGCAAGUGAACGGUCAGACUAUUUCAGCAACUGCAUUUGCAACAUAAACUGCGACUACGAAGGCAUUGAAAAUAUUUUUGCUUAUUAGCAUCUGAGGAUACGAAACUCGAAUUGGCCUGCACUGCAGAAUUCCAAACAAAAUGUCUCUUGUAAUGCGUUCACAGCGUGCUUUUUCUGAGGAAAAUGGUCGCUUGCCACAAACUGCAAAUGUGCGCAGUUGCGAUUGCUGCCCGUACGGGUACCACAUUGACUUGGAUUUCGUGCGCUACUGCGAAUCGCUGGCAAAUGCUAAGCCAUCAGAGGAGGAAUUGCGAAGACGCGCCAAUCGGCGUUCGCGCAUAUCAAUGGAAUUCAUGCUGGGUAUGGAGAGCCUCUUCGAGCAGUGGGAUGCCGCUGAUCGCGUUCAAGCUGUGCCAGAGGUAACGUACGAAACAGAACCAGAUUCACCACGCCUUCCACACACUUCCACUCCAUAUCAGCAGACACGUCCGCGUUCGUCAUCAGUGCCACGAUUCACUUACGGUGGCCUAACACGUGCUGAGUCACCAUUUGGCACUGCAUCAUCCACUUGCUCGUCUAUAAGAGGCACUGAAAGUGAUGUGCCCUAUACACUGCGUCGCACAAAAACCACCAUCAGUCCCCCAGAGACGCGUGCAUUUUUACGUGAUGCGCUGGAUGAGGUAUGCAGCGAUUUUGAGCGAACUCUGGAACGUACUUCGAUGAGACGCAAGAAGAAUGGCGUGGCGUUUAAUGGCGUAUCCAGUGAUCGCAACAACAAUACCACAAUCAAAAUGAAUGGAUUCAGCUCACACGAGAAGCGGAAUGGGUAUGCGUGGGAACCUUGCUUUGAUGUUUUCGAUUCCUGCGUGUCUGGUAACAAAUCUCCUCGUGCCUCCCGAUUAUAUAGUCGCACUGUUUCAUUACCAUUUCAUCAAAAACCAUCACCAGGUGAACAAAAGUAUGAGUCAUACGUACAAGCAACUGUGGCAGCAAAUGCCAAAUCACCAGUGGAAGUUAUAUCACCACCAGCACCACCACCAAGACGUCAUGUAGUCCAGACAAAAUCUUUUAGCCCAAAUUCUACACAGAUCAGUAAAUCUCCUUUGAGUGAACAAGUACAAGAUGCAUUACGCUCAACUACCACAGCUGCAGGUGCCGAUUCUAAUAGCGCAGAUGCACAAACAUUAUUCAACAUACGCGAACAGAUGGCACUUAGCUUGAAACGCAUGAAGGAUUUAGAGGAACAAGUUAAAAGCAUACCUGUACUGAAACGCGAACUCACACAAUUACGUGAUGAAAAACAACUGCUGCAGCAGACAGUUCAACGUAAGGAUGACGAGUUAUUGCGUGCACGUGAUACGACUCGUUUGUCAUCAUCCCCCAGUCCAGCAGUUAGUCCGAAAUUUCCUUCCCCUGUACAGUUCACACCACAACGCAUUAGUCCUGUUGCACUCGAAAGUCUUGGCGCUCGGUUACGUACCAACUCUAGCUCCUCAGAGAAGCAGGCAAAACCGCCAUUAAAACGUGAUGUAGGCACAAUGUGUGGAUUACACACAACACGUGACAUUGCUGUCGGGUCGCCAAUCAUAAGCUUCCGUACAACUGGCACAAAUCCAGAUCAAAACUUAGGUACCAUUACUGAGACGCUCUAUUCGCACCUUCAAAUGGAAGAGCGUGUUGCAACCGCAGUAACCAAAUAUGAAGAAGAACGCACGUUGCAACAAUUGAAAAAACAAAUAUCGGUCGGUACGCAGAUGUAUGUGUCGAAAUUAGGUGUACGUGAUAGCAGCAUACAAACGGCGUUAGAAAAACCGGUACAAAAGUAUGCAGUUGCAGUUUUGGCAAAACCACAAACGCGAGAGAGUUUCGUGACUUGUAAGCCCAGUGUGCGUACUGUUGCUUCUUCCGAGCAUAGUAUUAAUGAUGUGCUAUGCGAAAAAUGUGCCAGUAGCAAGCGCACUGUGGCUUGUGGCACUGAAGAUACUGAUUCACAAUCUAGAAAUGCAAUGUCUUUGAAACAAAUGGAAAUGCCACCCCGUAGCAAUACUUUCAGUUUGGGAGAAAAUGAAAAAUUAACAAUAAAACGCAAAACAAUUGGUACCCAGAGCAUGCCUGUGGCCGUGCGCAGUGAAGGGAAUCAAACAUCAGCAACUGUAGUUCAUACGGUGGGAGUACAGCACGUUCCGGAAAUGCAAAAUAGUUGUACACAGAGCCAAGUUGAUACUAUAAGUCGGCAGACAGACACAAGUGGUCUUAUACAAUUAUGUACCACACAAACCAGUGUUGAUGAAGUCGCUAGACCCAUUACACCGGAACCAGAUUCAAAUCCAGAGCCAAUACCACCCAAACCAGAAACACGUAAUAGCGGUACAAAUACACUACCUUCCGCUAGUAUUCGACACUUUGGAUCAAAUACUGAACAAGUGCAUAAACGUGAUAUCGGCUGCGGAGAAAUUAUAAAACCGCAUAUAUCGAUUGCAUGCGCUGAUAAUUACUGUGAUUCCUGUAAGGAUGCCAUUAAACAUUUGGCAAAAGAUUUUUCCAAAGUGUCAGCGAGUCCCUUACCAACACGUGCAGUAGAUUCAAAGAUACCACGUCCAAAACCUUUACCUAGUCCCGUCCCAGUCCGCAGGCAAUUUUUGUUUCAACGCCAAAAUACCUACACUGUACCGACACCACCACUAAGUCCGGAGAAAAAAAUUGAAAGUUCUUUACAUGAGAAGACACCGACCGUUGCUAGUUUUCAACAACUUGACUCUGCAAGUGAAACACAAAGUUUUAUACCCGCGCCUACAAACACUAAAGUAGCAGCAACACGCCAACCAUUAAGCGCCAAAAGAAAUAAUGAGUCAUUAAAUGGUAACAAAUCCCAGGAGAACGACAACAGUUUUGAACUCACGCAAGCGGUUGAAGGUGAUCUCAUAGUCAAGGAAGAGAAACGCGUAAGCAUAAGUUGGUCUCGAGAUGCUUCACCAGCGCCGAUAUCAAAAGCACCGAUAGAAACUGAGGCCGUUGCAGAGAUCGAAGUGCAGCCACAGACUGUGUCGGUAGCCGAACCUACGCAAACUUCACUGAAAGAUGUUUCCAAAGGAGCACGUCGCAAGAAUCCAGUCCUUAAGUCUAGUCAAGACGCACGAAAAGCAGAUGAUAUCACAGUUCAAGAGAGGCCGCCAUCUAAAGCAUUGCUACAGAAGUUAGCCACUGAGGAAGCGGAACCGAGACAAAAAUUUUUGCCUAACAAAGAAGUGCUAACUGCUCUAAAAUUUUUAAAUAACUCUUUGCUUAAAAAGAUGGGUGCUAAGCCUCUGUCUUCGUCAAGUUUGAAGGCUGCUAAGUCUGUAAUACAACAAGAAUGGUAUCGUGUGUCAAGCAGUGAACAGGCCAAUCCACAUGAAGUUGAGGAUUAUUUGGAUUGCUUUGAGGGAUUGUCAGUACCGUUAUUGGAAUAUUGUGUGAACAUGUCAGAUGCUAAUGGUAAUACGGCGAUGCAUUACGCAGUAUCUCAUGGUAAUUUCGAUGUUGUAUCCAUUUUGCUGGAUUCAAAGGUUUGCAAUGUAAAUCAAAUGAAUAAUGCAGGAUACACAUGUGUGAUGCUCGUGGCAUUGGCAAAACUAAAGAGUGCUGCACAUCGUACGGUCGUGGAACGAUUGUUUCAGAUGGCAGAUGUCAAUGUACGAGCCAAGAAGCAUUGCCAAACAGCGCUAAUGCUGGCUGUUUCCCAUGGUAAUCUCGAUAUGGUACAACUGCUAUUGGCAGCUGGUGCUGACAUCAACAUACAAGAUGAGGAUGGCAGUUCAGCGCUGAUGUGUGCUGCUGAACAUGGCCGUGUGGACAUUGUGAAACAACUGCUUACACAAACGGAAUGCAAUUCUUUGCUGCAGGAUGUGGAUGGCAGCACAGCAUUUAAAAUAGCUUGGCAAGCAGGUCACCGAGAUGUGGGGUUGUUAUUGUAUGUGCAUGAACAAAUGUUGCGUAGUAAAUUGCCUAAUCAAAGUGAUGAAGAAAAGCCUGAGGUGCGACAAAUGAAGCAAAAGCCAUCUAAAUAGGUUGCGACAAAGAAAUUAGCUGACCGAGUAGAACUUGUAGAUCUGCAACGUAGCAUUCAAAAUGUAGAAUAGAAAACAGCACUUAGUGGAUUUCACAAAAGGCGCAAUUUUUUUAUAUUAUUAAUGUUUAACAAUAUUUGUAAAACCAUUGAUUUAUCAUAAAAAUUGUUGCCAAAAAAAAAAUUGCUUAAAUAAGGACAUUCCAUUAACUCUUAAGUGGAGUAAAAAAGUUUGAUUUAUAAAAGAAUUGUAUUCUUUUACAUAAUUUAUUAUAUUUCACUCAAAAGUAAUUUGCUUAGCGAUUCGAUACUUAAUUUUGAAUAAUUUAAAGACUUGCACUCAACAUAUCUAAAUAGUCUUGACUGUGAAAAUUAAAAAUCCAUCCAAAAAAACUAUACGAACAAUUACACUAAAAUAUAUUUUAUUUUCUUAAUGUAUUUAAAUUUAUCGUUAACAAAAAAAAUAUGAAAGUUUUAACUAAUAAUCAAAAAUCCGACCUUUAUUGUUAAACAAUUAAGUAGAUUAACAUUAAAAAAAUAUGUAAUUGCUUUU